GAGAGUGAGCGAGAUGCAUUCAUUUAGUUUUCAUUCGGUGCCUGCUCGUUAAGUUGUCAGCACUUGACUCGGCGGCUGGCCGCGCGCCGUCCGACUUCGUAGUAGUCGUUCGUCCGCCAGCACCGUAAUCAACUCUUAUCGCGAUCGCGUGUCGUAUAGCAAAUACUAUAAAUUCCAACUAAAUAUUCGAAAUAAACAUGAGACCCCGUCGAGUCUCUCUAAUAUCUUGACAUAUGAGCGCUGAUAUUAUUUAUAAAUUGGCAAAAAUGUUACACUGGAUUCAAGUUCUUCGAGGUGUUUAAGAUAAAUCUCUCGUCGUUUACGAUCUUGGCGUUUUCGUCAGAGAGACUUUAAACCCCGUGGUCACUUUCCGCCGUCAAGAUUAAUAAUAAUAUGCAACGAUGUGGUUUCUGCUCAAUGUUGUCUGGGCUGCUGAGGAGGGCGAUGUGUGUCGGCAGCAGAAGAGGUAGCAGUGAAUCAUACUACCGUGAGCUGGGCGACCAAGACACGCUGAAAAUCGAAGAUAAAUCUUCAGACCUCUCAGACGAUGCUGAGGAAGAAACCAGUCUUUGCCAUGGAAGUCGCGGGACGCCGCGGGUUAGCCCCCGGUCUUCGCCGAGGGCGAGCCCGCGGACGUCUCCUCGAUCGUCUCGGCGAUCGUCCCCACGGAUGUCUCGGCGGACGUCCCCGCGGACUUCCCCUUGGAUGUCCCGGCGGGCGUCCCCGAAGACUUCUCCCCGAUCAUCCCGACGAACCUCACCACGCUCCUCCCCACGGACCUCGUCGCGGACGUCCCCACGUCCAUCCCGGCAAUAUCCACAAUCGAACAUACAACCGGACCCGCCGGUAGAGAAGUUCCCGGAGCUCAACAAAAUGAAGCAAAAGAAAAUGUCUGCGGGCAGAUUUCUAACCAUGCAUAAGAGACGGAAGAAAAAAUUACUCACACGAUCUCUGUACACCGAAAAAGCUUUACUCGACGACCUAUCGCUCGGCCAAGUGCAAUGCAUCUUGAACCAAUCGGUACAAUGGAAAUUUAACGCGUUUAUUCUUGAGAAUGUGUCAGGAGGGAGAUGCUUGCCCGUGCUGUGCGUGCAUCUCUUCCAGAUGUACGGACUCCUCUCCUAUUUCAAACUCGACGCGGCAAAAGCAUGGAAACUGUUCAGUCUAAUCGAAGAAGGAUACCACAGCAGCAACCCCUACCACAACUCAGUUCACGCAGCAGACGUGACACAGGCAAUGCAUUGCUUCCUCCAACAAGAACGGAUACGCGACCACCUGACACCACUGGAGAUAUUGGCAUCUCUACUGGCAGCGAUCGCCCAUGACAUGGAUCAUCCCGGCGUUAACCAGCCGUUCCUGAUAGCAACGUCUAACCACCUCGCGACGUUAUACAGGAAUACAUCAGUCCUGGAAAAUCACCACUGGCGUUCAGCAAUGAGCUGCCUCAUUGAAAGCGGUAUCCUGGACUGCUUGCAUGCCAGCCCGGGGCUUCGCACUAAGCUGGAGAAUCAGAUCAGUUCGUUGAUCUUAGCCACCGAUAUUACCCGCCAACAAGAGUACCUGAACCACUUUAAGAAUCACCUCGACAUGAACACCCUGGAUAUGACAAAGAGUGAGCACCGUCACCUGGUGCUGCAGAUUGCACUCAAGUGCGCUGACAUCUCCAACCCGUGCCGGCCGUGGGAGAUCAGCAGAAAGUGGAGCCUCAAAGUGUGUGAAGAGUUCUUCAGACAGGGCGACUACGAGAGGAAGCUCAACCUGCCAGUCACGGCACUUUGUGACAGGCACACCACCUCCAUACCUAAGAUUCAGACAGGUUUCUUCAAAUUCGUAGUAACACCGCUUAUAAGCGAAUGGCACAGGUUCUUACAAAAUGACCUGUCCUCUCAAAUGCUUCGUAACCUGCAGUUCAAUCAAAAUAAAUGGGAAACCUUAGUUCUCCAGGAGCAAGCUGAAGAGACCCGUACCGAAAUAUCCGAUGCGGAUGUUGUGGAUGAAGACUCGCAUUCGGAUACCAAUAUCUCAGACAGCUCCGAGCUACUCCUGCCGCCGCGGCGAAGGCGCUCCCUCAACCCCGCCAGGCAGGGCGCAUUGAGAGAACAGUUCCGACGGUUCUCAGUACCCUUGAACGUUUUCCAAGAUAGUAGAUUCAAGAACAGGGAUAAGAACCGCGCGUCAUCGUUAGCAGAGUCGCGUAGCCGCGGUAACGGCAGCCCGUCCACCAGCGAGCAGUCCAUACACUCGCAGCUCAGCGUGCGCGGCCAUUGCGAACCCGCACAGGAGCCCGCCGAGAAGGUCCUCAGCUCAGAGAAACUUUUGCCUGAUUCGUCGAUAGCUUCUAUCACCACGCCCGGCGAGGCUUCACGCCUCAACAAUGUGAUCAAAGAAGGAGGCUCUUGGAAACUGGUCCGGCAGCAAACCUUCCCUCCUUUAGAGUCAACAUCGCGUGAAAACGCACUCGCGGCGCGACCGUUGCACACGAGUAAUGAAGAUUCCGUUUGGUUAUCGCGUUUCAGACCAGACCUCCUGAAACUUGAUCCGGGAGCAGGCUGUUCAAAGGAUGAUAAAUAUAGCGAAUUAGUCGUGAGAGACUUAAAAAAGACUGAGAGUGAAGUUUCGUCGUCCAGUUCCGCUGCAAAUGGGGAAUUGCCAUCAACUUCGCGUAGCUUAGAGAAAGAAAACUCCGAACCGAAACAAAGCAGAAGACAUUCAAGCGCGGUAGGCAGUCAACUGCGCGACAACUUGACGUCGAUGCCAUUGCCCCUCGAUUCAAAUGCACAGCUGCAGCGCCGAAGGAAAUCGGUGCCUACAGAGAGUUCGGCAUUAAGUCCCAAAGAUGUGAAAGUUCGUGAGUCGCCGACUCUACUGCCGCAGUUACUUCGGCGCACCUUCUCAAACAAGGAGUCGUGGACAAGGCGGCGAGGUUCAGCGCCGUCUCCCGUGGCCCCCUCGGAGCUGCGAGGACUGGCAUCCCUAGGGUCAUUGCGACACAGCGUGAACGGAAGCCGAAGGAAACCAAGCCCCAUAGCGACUUGCCAACAGUGGCUCGCCAAAGCAACGUACGGGGUUCAUGAGCGCACGCUCCAACAGUUCCCUCGCAGGAGUUCACUGCCCGUUGAGGUGAUGACAGGUAUAUCAAGCCACUGAUUCAGGCGACAAUACAUAGUAUUUGCUUGAGCCCGGAGAGGCUCAAAAUCAAGAUUCAUUCGAAGACGCUGAUUCAGAACCAACUAACAACAAUUAUGACGCGGACGAUGAAGACAUCGGCGACGACAGUUCGAUCGACGAUGACUACACCAGUCAGUUCCACGAGAACAUGGUUCAUGAAUAUUUAGACGCUCGCAACAACGAACAUUUACGUGAUGACGACGACACUGACAUACUUAUUGACCUACCCUUCACGUCGCGUCAUCGUGCUUCUUCUAUAUAAACUUUGAAUCCUAUCCUCUCCCCAAUGUGUACCUAUGUAAAUAGCUCUAUCACUAAUGUUAACUAUGACCGUAAAGUGUUUCUAACUGACGGUGUUUGUAUAUGUGUGACAUAAAGUUUCGUUUCUAAUCCUCGACGGUCAUUAAGAUUCACUCCGCCUCUUCACCGUUCUGCGUAGUGAUUGAACUUGCACUUUGAAUGCAGUUCGCGUUCUAUGUAUUCUAGUACUGAAAUUAUUGUAAUUAGUGUCUGUACGCUUAGUUAAACGCAUAUAAUAAGUCUCAGAUGUCAAUAAGAUAUGUGAUUAUCAUACAUAAACAAAUGGUAUUUAGUGAAUUAACAUACUUGUAAAAGUAGACACUUUCAAUUUAAUGUCUUAUAGCUCAAAAUAUGCGGUUUUCGUUUCUUAUACACUUUUAAAGCUAAUUAGUAAGGACAUCUUACAGUUAUCGAAGAUGUCAGGACACUAGGACACAUUUGUAUAAUGAUAAUAGUACCCGUAUACACAUUUGAAUGAAAUAGUGAAAUGAAUUCAUUCAAUAAAUUGUGUUGCAGAUUAACUUUGAAAUAUAUUAUUUAUCUUUUCAGUACAAACAGUUUCAUCAAAAUGAAUUAUUUUUUAAUUAAAUUUUAAGUUUAGUUAAUUUGAAAUAAAUGAAGUUGCGUUCAAUAGUGUAAAAUAUUUUCGUCUCAUAGGUUAACCAUCAAGUUUUAUUGUAAGUUUUAACAGAAUUUAUAUUUCGCCUAAUUUAUAAAUAAUUUUUAAAAAAGUACAUACAUUUGAUGAUACCAAAAAAUAUGCUUAACCUAUUUGAAAUGUGAAAUCUUGCACAAUGAAGGGCUAGAGUCUCAUAAUCAGUAACUUUUAAUGUUUCGAAAGUUAAAUAGUCAUAGUAUUUAAGUACUUAGUAGUUUUUAAGAUGGAAGGUGGUAGUCGCUCUUUUUGAGUGUGACACGGUGGGUAAGAAAUAAUGUGGUUAAAGAAAAGUUCAGUAUUAUGUACAAACAGCAUUGGGGCCGUUUCUGUUGAUCGCCAUAACUAAAAACUAAUUGAAAUCUUUUGUAAAAUAUUUCCAAUAAAAUGUUGUCUUUUCUGGAUGCAAAUUUUUAAAAGUGUUAUUCAAAAUUGAAUAACUUUUACUUACAUGAUGAUACAUUGUCUUUUCUGGAUGCAAAUUUUAAAAAGUGUUAUUCAGAAUUGAAUAACAUUUACUUACAUGAUAUUGUCUUUUCGGGAUGCAAAUUUUAAAAAGAGUUAUUCAAAAUUGAAUAACUUUUACUUACAUGAUGAUACAUUGUCGUUUCUGGAUGCAAAUUUUAAAAAGUGUUAUUCAAAAUUGAGUAACUUUUACUUACAUGAUAUACUGUCUUUUCUGGAUGCAAAUUUUAAAAAGAGUUAUUCAAAAUUGAAUAACUUACUUAGACGAUAUACUGUCUUUUCUGGGUGCAAAUUUUUAAAAGAUCUAUUUAAGAAUAAUUUAUACUUAGAUAUAAUAUAUGACAUACAAAAAGCGAGCAACAGAAACGAGCGCGGUGUGGACAAUUCAUGAAAAUAAUUCACAAAAGUAUUCAAUAAUUUGUUGUACUGUUGAUUUGUAUAUUUUUGUUUAAAAUGUAUUAUUGUUAAGACAAAUUUAGAUUUAAUUUUAACAUGGAUUUUAUUUCUUUGGAAUAUUUUUUAGAAGCUUUUUUUAUAUUUAGGUUUAUUUAUUCCAAAGAUCUUUCAGGGUUGUCCACGCGUAUUGCUGACCGUGCCAUUCCUGUCACAAUCGGGCCUGUAAUCAUUCAAUACAACUACAACAUAAAUAUGUGGAUACAUAAUUAUUUUAAAUAAUUAAAUUCGUUAAUUACUUGAAUUCAACGAUCCUUAAAAAUAUUUCUUCUAUAGUUUAUUAUAGUGUUAAUGUACAAACUUAAGUUUAAUGAUGAACGAUGUAUAAAGGUAUCCAUAUAUAGCGGCCGGCCCGCACUGCUUGAGGUCACACUAGAGGUCAAAUUGCUUAAAGCAAAUUUGGAACUUGGACUUGAUAUGAAGCGACGGCUGAGGCAACUCGCUGACAACACUGAACUUAUCAAUUAUAAUAUUAUUGAAAAACUGCGCUUUCACACGCAAUAGCAAAUCUGAGCGUAUAAAAUCAGUCGCGUGUUUUUAUGAAAAAACCCGCUAGUGUGAAAGUGAUGAAAGCAGCAGCAAGAUUAAAAAUAACAGAAAAUGUCAUAAUCUAGAAUCAUCGCUUUUAGCUGAGCCGUCGUCGCUUACUUUGAAACUAAUUGAUGUCGGCGCUGGUUCGUUGACGGACUUGCAAUGCUCCUAAGAGUAUUCAGUCCUAGGAUUUACGAUUGGAAAGUAUUGUAGUUAAAAACAAGACUAUGUUCGACACUCUAAAAAUAUGGGGUCGGAUAUCACAUCAAUUGGACUUUAGUCGAUAUGAGAUUUUAAAAUUGUGAGCCUAGCUCGCGAAGAAUAUUUUUGUAAACCUGUCUAAGGUCUCAAUGUGGUUUUGGAGUUAUUAAAUAUUACUCUUAAUUUAUUGUAAGCAGUAUAGUUUCUAUACAAAAGGCAUGAUGAGGUAGUGUCGUUCCCUAGAAGGGAUCUAAUUGUGGAGGUUACGAUUAAGGUGGUUUUUUUAAUGUCAUAGUGACCUCUAGUGUCCAAGAGCACUGUUGUUAAAAGUUUCCUUUUAAACAGUGUUUCAUUAAAUGUUUAUUUAUUAAGUGGCCGUAUUGUAACAGCUUCUACCAUCGGUAAUGUGUAUGAUAUGCCAGGGCAAGAACAUUUCUGUACAGUGGUUGACAUCCAGAGUGGACUCACUUUGAUUGACAAGACAGAGUGAACUGUGUAGUUAUCCUCUACAUAAACAUCACAACAUAGUUUCCUCACUUCAACGUAAUCGUUAGUUGUAAGAUCUUAGCGUUAAUAAUUGAAACGAUCUUAUUUUGUAUAAUAGUUUACUGCCACGCCCGCUGGGACACGUUUGCACAAUAAUAUUACAUAAUAAAUAGUGUAGAAGUACUUACAUAAAUGAGUACAAUAGCGUCGAUGUUCAAUUUUAGCACAAGUCACAAGUAUAUUAAGUAGGUGUUCAUUACUAUUAUCUUUGUCUGACCACAAUAUUUUAAAUACCCAAGCGUGUCCACAGCGGCUAUAUUUCGGAUCUUGUUUCUCAAUGUCUAAGUACCUUUUAGUAAAUAGUAUGAAAAAAUAUGUGCUCAAGUAACAUCACUAGUAUUAUUCAGGAGGGACUUUUCCUUCGAACUGUUAAAUGCACAACUCUAAAUUAUGUACUAUAUUGCCUCAAGAAAGUCUGCUGGUCUUUCAGUAGACGUAGGACAUUAAUUAAUGACUAGUCUUGUAGGUAUCUGUCGUAAUAGGUUGGUACAUGUUGAAAUCGGGCUCAAUCUUCUAGGUAUUAUAUGUUUACUCUCUAUACAUUUAUAGGACAUCAAUGUUAAUAAAACCUUUAUGAAGUAGUCUCAGUGUUCAAACAAUUAAUAUUCUUAGUGGCAAGAUUGUAUAAUUGGUUACUUGUAAUGUGGUCGUCCAUUUCACGACGUUGGUAUACAUGAAAUGAUAAGUACCCGCCACAUAGCCACAUAUAAUAAUCUGCAGAGACAACAGUGGAUGUUAGAUGAUAUACUGUCUUUUCUGGAUGCAAAUUUUAAAAAGAGUUAUUCAAAAUUGAAUAACUUUUACUUGGAUGAUAUACUGUCUUUUCUGCAUGCAAAUUUUAAAAAGAGUUAUUCAAAAUUGAAUAACUUUUACUUAGAUGAUAUACUGUCUUUUCUAGAUGCAAAUUUUAAAAAGAGUUAUUCAAAAUUGAAUAACUUUUACUUAUAUGAUAUACCGUCUUUUCUGGGUGCAAAUUUUAAAAAAUUAAAGAAUAUCUUAUGCUUACAAAAUUGAGGACAUCAUACACUAAUCUGGCCAAAAUAUACAUAUCAUCAAACGUCGAUUUUUUUUCCAAUUCCCUGUUUGAAUCAUGAAAUGCAACUGUAGUGAAAUGGUCGGCCACGAUUUAUCAUAUAUGAAUAUAAUAUUAGUAAGGUUGUCAGUGAACAUUAUAUUACAGUCUGACCGUUUUUGGUGCAGUUGAUAUUCGCUAUCAGACAGCACAAAUAAGGUUAACAUCGCCUAAAAACUGGCCGAUGUCAACUGCACUUGAUACGCGUCACUAUACCCGACUAGAGCUAGAGCCAUGGGCCUAUGUCCUGCCCCAAUGACAUUGUAGCGAAGUGAAUUUUGAUGUACGAAGUGUAUUGGUGUUAUAGGUAAUUUUAAUUAGGAAUAUAUCGUCUUUUGAUUGCCGACGGCUAUGAUGUCACAAAUUAUUAAUUUAUAACGUUUUAAAAUAACUGGUGUACGUACAAUACAUGUUCUUUCUUAAUAGACGUUUUCACGAAAUAGUGUAAUCA